AUACAACCAUUUCAGAUGCCACGAACUUGAUCGAGUUUGGCCCCAGCUGAUUAUGUGAUAAGUCGUGAUAACAGCUAGUGUUGUAUAAAAAUUCGUAACGCUUUCACUAAGCAGCACGUACAGCAGCAUGUUUUUGUUUUUGGUGCUAUUUAUAAUCACUGACUUUGCAAAAUGUGCAAGAAUUUUAGCAAUAUUUCCGGCCCCAGGCUACAGUCAGUUCAUUUUAGGAGAAAAACUAAUGGUCGAGUUGUCACAAAACGGCCACAAUGUGACUGUUAUAGGCCCAUAUGAGCCAAAAACACCUAUCGAAAAUUACACGACAAUAUCUACCUCGGGAAUAUUACAACAAUACGAAAGUGUCAAUUGGUUCCAAUUUGAGAGCCUCACCUUUGUUACAAGUAUCAUGGGAAGUCACAAGUCUGGGCUAAAAAUAACAGAAUACACUCUCGCAAACCCAAAAGUGCAAGAACUGCUACAAUCAGGCGUUAAUUUUGAUUUAGUAAUAGUUGAGCAAUUCUUCUGUGAAGCUUUGUUCGGUUUUGCCAAACAUUUUAACGCUCCUUUGGUCGUAUUCAGUUCGAUUGGUCCUUCAGAAUGGAACAACAAUCAAAUGGGCAAUCCACACUUACCAUCUUACAUGCCCAUGACCAAACUUACGUACAACUCUCAAAUGAACUUUUACCAAAGAAUAAAAAACACAGCGGCAUUUCUGUUUGAUGCGACGUACAAACGCUACGUCACUUACCCAAUUCACGACAAACUCCUAAAAAAAUAUUUCCCAAAGUCAAUGGACCUGGAAGAUGUUUUGUACAACGCUAGUCUCAUGUUACUUAACUCCCACUAUAGUAUUACCGAACCCUUUCCCCUUGUUCCCGGAAUGGUCGAAAUCGGAGGCUUUCAUGUUUCAAACUCUGAAGCGUUACCGAAAAAGUUAGAAACGUUUCUGGACGGCGCUAAAGACGGGGCCAUUUAUUUUAGUAUGGGGACAAACAUAAAGUCUUCCAACUUAAACCCAAAUCUUAUUCAAGACAUAGUGGACAUGUUUUCUCAACUGAAACUGAAAGUUUUAUGGAAGUUUGAUAAGACAAUACCAAAACUACCGCCAAAUGUUCUUGUAGAGAAAUGGUUUCCGCAAAAUGCAAUUUUGGGUCACGUUAAUACUAAAUUAUUCAUCAGCCACUGUGGGUUGUUAAGCACCACAGAGUCGGUUUAUUUCGGAGUUCCAAUGAUUGCAAUCCCGGUAUUUGGUGACCAAAAAAUGAACGCAGCCAAAGCGGAACAUUUUGGAUUUGCUUUAACAAUCCCUUACCCGCUACUAAGUGGAGAAACUUUAAGGCAAGGCAUCAGUGAAGUUUUAAGUGACUCAAAAUAUGUGGAAAAUGUGAAACUGAGGUCGAGACUUUACCACGAUCGGCCUGUGAAACCCUUAGAUUUGGCAAUGUUUUGGAUAGACUUUACAAUUAGGAAUAAAAAUGGGACCACUUUAAGAUUUGCAGGAAUUGAGCUCAAAUGGUACCAAUUGUAUUUGCUCGAUAUAACAGCAUUUUGUGUGUUAAUUAUCAUUGCCAUGGCCAUUGUCGGUAAAUAUGUGAUAAGGAAGUUUAAUUGGAAGAGGUCAUGCUCUACUUUGUGUUUUUGUUAUUUUUUUUUUUUCACUUUGAAGGCUUCAAACCAGGAUGAAGCUUUUCUUAGCAAUAUUCCAAGUGAUUUUUGUGUGUAAUGCAAAAGGGGCCAAAAUUCUGGGCGUAUUUCCUACGCCUGUGCGCAGUCAUCAUAUACUGGGCCAUUCUUUAUUGAGCGCUCUUGCCGAAAAAGGACAUGAAGUAACGUUAAUUAGCCCUUAUGAAGAAAAAAAUGGGCCAGGAA